GAACUAUUCUAUUAAAAAUUGACAUUCGUUUUGUUAAUAAUCGGUACGUUAAUUAUACGUAAAUUGAAUUUCAAUUCGGGAUCUUAUAAUCUCGUUUCUUCUAAAUUAUUCGGUCUUAAAUAAAGUAAUUCGAUCGAUUAGAAGGGACAACUCGUCCUCUCAUUGGUUCUAUAGAAGAUAGUGUUAAAUGCGUAUCGCAUAAGACGAUUGGUUUUAGACAUUUUAUAGGUUAAACGUACCAUGUCUAAUUUCAAUCUGUUGCGAUGUGCUAUAAACUGUUGAGAAUAUCGUUUAAUAGUAGAUUAUUUAUAUAAAAAAUCAUUUGAUGGCUUCCGAUAACGAAUCGUCGAUAGGAAAAGACUUUACACCUAACCCGUACAGUGUAAAAUAUGACGAAAUCGUCGAUCGUCUGUUGAAGGAAUCGGUCGAAGACUUCGAAAAGAGCGGCAAAUUUUCAGAUAAGAUACUACUAAGUCUAUACAAUGUUUUUGGUGAAGUUUUCGAAAGGGCAUUAGAAUUACACGAAGAAGGACGUAUAACGCACAUCUCUUCGUCUGCACCGGUUGCUAAAGGAAGCUGCUACCACAGGAACAAUGCUCGUUGGUUGUUGCAAGUAAAAGGUUUUUCGGGAUCUAUAUAUACGCUUUUUCCCGAGAUAAAUUUUUGUACUUGCCUUUCGUUCAGGAGUCAGGUAUUAAACGACAGGGUGAUAUUUACCUGUAAGCACGUCUUAGCCGGUUGGUUAGCCACAGUCGAUAGAGGGAAAUUAUCUUAUCAGCAAAUUACGUCGAAACAGUUUCAAGAUUUUUUAUUGUAUCAAUCUUUUUGCAAUCAUGCUGACGCCUGA